UGUUUGCCUGUCUUACUCAGAUUUUUAAUCCAAAUAAAUCCUUUUGUGGCCAGAAGGGGAGACGUUGAGUCAGCAUUUUCUUCCACGGUAAACUGUUAUCUUUGGGAUGAGUAACAGAAGCCAUUUGAUGACUCGUGGUGCGUGGGAACAUGGGAGUUGCGUCUUCAACACAUGACGUUGAAAUAUUAAGGGUUUCCACUGAGGCCUUUGGUUGUAAAUCUGAAUCGACGUCCGGAGCGGAGUGGCAGCGGCUGUCAGGUUUCAGGACUAAAAUAGAAAUGAAUGCGGCUGAGGCAAAAGCUUUAGCCGCAGCUCCUCACUCCGUCGUUUCAGAGUUGCUUCAACAGUAUCUUAGUGGUUCUUAAUGUAUAUUAAUGGUCUUGUGUAUCGUAUUGGUUUUUAAUGUAUCUUUAAAUCUUAAUGUCAGCGGUUGGGUGGCUGAUCGUAGGUCUACUUUGUUUCUCUAAGAUCGUCAUGUCCGACCAACUCAAACUCAAGUCAGUAGACUUUGAAAUUUUCGGAAAUGUCCAGGUACACGGAGCAGGAGGGGCGGAGCUUGGGCCUGAGUGGGUGGGUCCAGAACACCAGACGAGGCUCUGUUAUUGGUCAGAUCCAGGGAGCCGCCGGAAAGGUUGACCAAAUGAAGGACUGGCUGAGGAAUGUGGGGAGUCCCAGCUCUCGAAUCGACCGGGCCGUCUUCUCUAAUGAGAGAGACCUCAAAGAACCAGAGCUGAAGGGCUUCAAAACCCGGCACUGAGCUCCACCACCAGGCCCACCUCCACCACCAGGCCCACCUCCAACACCAGGCCCAUCCAAACCACCAGGCCCACCUCCACUACCAGGCCAAUCCAAACCACCAGGCCCACCUCCACCACCAGGCCCAUCUCCACCACCAGGCCAACCUCCACCACCAGGCCCAUCCCUACCACCAGGCCAACCUCCACCACCAGGCCCACCUCCUGCACCAGGCCCAUCUCCACCACCAGGCCCAUCCCUACCAGCAGUCCCAUCUCCACCACCAGGCCUAUCACUACCACCAGGCCCACCUCCAUCAACAGGCCCAUCUCCACCACCAGGCCAACCUCCACCACCAGGCCCAUCCCUGCACCAGGCCCACCUCCACCACCAGGCCCAUCUCCACCACCAGGCCCACCUCCACCACCAGGCCCAUCUCCACCACCAGGCCAACCUCCACCACCAGGCCCACCUCCACCACCAGGCCCAUCUCCACCACCAGGCCCAUCACUACCACCAGUGUCUUAUCUGCUCUGACUCAUGGUCCAUUAUGUAACUAUUCCAUUGGGGUUUAGGGCUAAAAUGUAAACGAGCACCGUGUUCAGAACACUGUGGAACACACACUUAGAAUGUAAUAAUAAUGCCCAAAAAAUAGGUAAUCUAAACAAACAAUACUAUGGAUUGAUUGGUGAGACUCCCCCACACCUUGACUUACGUACUAUAGCAACCAUGUUUCGUCAUCUUCCAGACCAUGAUACUGUCUCCAUAUGAAUGUCAGCAUUGAGCAGAGCCACUAGUGAGCAGCUAGUAGUGAGCAGCUAGUAGUGAGCAGUGCCUGGUAGUAAGCAGGAUCUAUGAGUGAGCAGGGUGGUAGUGAGUAAUACUAUUAUUGGUAUAAUGACCAAACUAUUAAAAUAAAUACUAUUGGUACUAAUGCUAUUACUAGUAAUCAUGUACAUGAGGUACAUGAGGCUAUUAUCUCUAAUGCACAACAUUCUACAAAGCCUGUAUCACUCUGUUGUUUGGGGACUCUUGUUGUUUGUUGUGUGUUCUUCUCUGAGGAAACUUCAACGUAUUCCUGCUGCUAUUAAAAAAAUACAU